CUCUUUUGCGGAAGUACUCUUUUUUUUCUCGAUCAGUCCACUUUGCUCCGUGGCGUUGUUUAGAAUAAUUAUUUUUGAUGCUACUGCUUUUUAGUCCUUACACGGAGAGCUGAAUAUCUUGGUUCUAAAUAAUGUAUACACUGAUGGAAGAAAUCCAAAUGGAUUCCACUGACAAUGUAACACCUGCAAGAUAAGUCACAUUGCAAUCAUCAAACAAGAUGCACCAGAGGUGUUCAUGACUUUAUCUGAAUAAUGUGACAUGAAUGAACAAAGUAGCUUUUUAUAGCAGCACUCGGAACAAACGUCCACCUUGUUAAUCUAACUUGUUAAUUAGAGUGGACUUUUUAACAUUCCUAGAAUAUGCAUUGGACCUAAUUCUGUCCAGCUUGAGGUAGAUUUACCUGACGGGAAAGGGAAUGCAGAGUCGUCGCCCAUAGACCGGAUGCGAGCGUGAUGCCCAGGCGAAGCUUUCCGCUGCAGGGACGGAUGCGCUGGCUGUUCCUGGGGCUCGUCCUGCUGCUGGUCCUCUUCCUUUUUGCUUACUUGCUGGAGUGCACUCCCCCAGCUGACGUCAGCCUGGUCCUGCCUGGCUUGGGAGGGGAGUCCUAUGGGAAGGAGUACUACCAGGCCCUGCUGCAAGAGCAAGAGGAGCACCACCUCAGCCGUGCCGCCAGCCUCAAGAGGCAGAUCGCCCAGCUCAAGCAGGAGCUCCAGCAGAUGAGUGAGAAGCUCAAGGUCCUGCAGGACAGGAAGGAAGGCGUCGGGGUCCAGGGACUGGCUGAGACCAAGGACCAGGUGCCUGGGGAUCUCCUCGAGUUCCUCCACUCCCAGAUCGACAAAGCCGAGGUGAACACGGGUGCACGGCUGCCCAGCGAGUACGCCCUGGUCCCCUUCGAGAGCUUCAACUCCGGUAAGGUGUAUCAGCUGGAGAUGGGGCUGACCAGGCACCCAGAGGAGAAGCCUAUGCGGAAGGACCGCAGGGACGAGCUGGUGGAGGUCAUUGAGGCGGCCCUGGACGUCAUAAACAACCCAGACGAGGAGGAUGGCCAGGAGGAUGAUGUGCCCAUGCAGAGGCAGGCGUACACAGAGAGCCACUUUACUGAGGGGCUUUACAGAACGGAACGGGACAAAGGCACACUCUACGAGCUCUUCUUUGCAAAAGAGGACUCCGGCAAUUUCCACCACGUUACUCUUUUCCGUCCAUUCGGUCCUUUAAUGAAAGUCAGGAGCACAUCCGUAGAAACGUCCGGAGUCGUCAUUAAUAUCAUUGUGCCAUUGGCGGGCAGAACAGAGGCAUUCUCACAGUUCCUACACAACUUCAGGGAAGUUUGCAUAAAACAUGAUAGGGGAGUGCAUCUUACGGUGGUCUACUUUGGACAAGAGGGCUUACGAGAGGUGAAGUCUUAUUUGGAAAAAAUGUCCAGGGAGGAGAGUUUUUCCAACUACACCCUUAUCCCAGUGGACGAGGAGUUUUCCAGGGGCAGGGGUCUGGACAUCGGAGCCCGCGCCUGGAAGAAGGGUGACGUAUUGAUGUUCUUCUGUGAUGUGGAUAUCUACUUCACACUGGACUAUCUCAACACCUGCCUCCUUCACACCGCUCCAAACAAGAGAGUAUUUUAUCCAGUGGUUUUCAGUUUGUAUAAUCCUGCCAUAGUCUAUGGAAAUCUGGAGCUGGCUCCUCCCAUUGAAAGUCAACUUAUUCACAAGAAAGAUGCUGGAUUCUGGAGAGAUUUUGGCUUUGGAAUGACAUGUCAGUAUCGCUCGGACUUCCUUAAUAUAGGAGGUUUUGACCUGGAGGUGAAAGGUUGGGGUGUGGAAGAUGUCCACUUGUACAGGAAGUACCUGCGGAGCGACCUGAUCGUGACGCGUACGCCAGUAUCUGGCCUCUUCCACCUGUGGCACGAGAAGCAGUGUGCAGACGAGCUGACUCCAGAACAGUAUCGCAUGUGCAUCCAGUCCAAAGCCAUGAAUGAGGCGUCCCACUCCCACCUGGGCAUGCUGGUGUUCCGUGAGGAGAUCGAGAAUCACCUCCGCAAGCAGGCCUAUAAGACCCAGGGCAAAACUGAAGACUGAAUUGUGCCUUUUUCGCUAGGCGGCCAUCUUAGGUACUCUCUGCAUCAGACCUCCUCGCUUUGUUUUUUUGUUUUUUACAAAUGCAAGAACUGAGGUACACUCAUGUUGUUACGAACAUGAUUAAAAUGCACUAUACAGAAGACCCGUUUACACAAAAUCCUGUUACAUUUCACAGAUUAGCUAGACACGUAUGGGAAUGUACAAAAAUGUACGUUAGUAAAUGUGAAGUGUCAACUUAAACAUUUCAAAAGACUGAGAAUGACAUCACCUGUGUCAAUACAGAAAGACUGAUGGAACAUCUUUGAAGUUGGGGAAAUUUGCAUGACCCAUCACGUUAAGGCAAUGUUCUUGCCUGUGAGAUCAAGCAAUCAAUGGACAGUGUUCUUUUAAAAAAAUGUAUCCCUAUAACUCUACUGCCAUAUUUAUGUCAAGAUUGAUUUAAAGUUGUACAGCGAUUUUUAAAAAAGGGGGCUUUGUUGAAAGGGAAAAUAAGUCAGGGGGAGUGUUUAUCAGCAUCAAAUGAUUUAUUCUAUCGGUUUUAAUUAGUUUAUUUGGGAAAUGUACCAACAUGUACAGAUCAGACUGGAUUGUGACUGAAGAAUCAUCACAUUAUUAAACUUGCCUUUCAUUAAAUUGAACCUUGCAGCCACUCAAUGAUGUGGUCAAUCUUAAAUGGAAUAAUGUCUAAAUGUGCCGGAGAGGAGGACAUUAAAGAUACUAUCCCUCCUGAGGCCAUUGAUAGUUAUGAGACUUGGGGCUCUUCAAUCUGUAUCACUGAAGCGUUACAGAUUGCGAGAUAGGAAAGGUAAUUGCCGUAUGCAGCAUUUACAGUGAAUGCAGUCUCCUCUAACACUGGAACAUUGCCUUUUAAAUUUAAAUCAGGUUGUAAUGCCGCACUUCCACAAUAAGGUUUGAAUAAGCCCAAACAAAUUGCGCGAUAGAAAUGUAAAGGGUGCUGACAUAUGCAGUGUUAGUCUCCGCUAACAAGGGGGAACUUGCAUUUACAGUUCAAUCACGCUGUAACGUUGAACUUCUGUGAUACAGACUUGGUCGAAGAUAAAGGUUAAAAGUAAUAACGUGCAGAAGCGUUCCAAAUAAUAAAAUUCACUGGAGCGAAAAUGACUUGAGUGUUAAACGGAACCCAAACUGGCUGCGCGCGUGCACCAUCGUGCAUACAUUUAUUUUGUCCCCCUACACCAAACGCGAUCACGACACGUAGGUUAAAAUAUGAAAACAAACACUGAACCAAUUACAUUAAUGCUUUUCGACCUGUCCCCAAAUUAAAAAUGUAUGGCAAUUUAGCUCGCUGUUGCUAGCUAAUUUGUCCUGGGAUAUUAAGAUUGAGUUAUUUUACCUGAAAUGCACAAGGUCCUCUACUCCAACCAUUAAUCCACACAUAAAACCGAAUCGUUUCUUGUCAUCUCUCCCCCUUCCAGGCUUUUUCAUCUUUGAACUUAUAUGGUGAUUGGCAUCUAAACUUUCAUAGUAUUACUACACCGACCGGCAACACAGUUCGUCUUUCAAUCACCCACGUGGGUUAUAACCAAUGAGGAGAUGGCACGUGGGUACCUGCUUCUAUAAACCAAUGAGGAGAUGGGAGAGGAAGGACUUUCAGCAUGAUCUGAGUCAGAAAUAGAAAGGACUCCUAUUUUAGCCCUUUGCAACACGUGUGAGCAGUGUGGGUGCAAUUAUUGGAUAACAGAUUUCUACAUUUAUUUUGCGAUGCUCGCGCACGGUCUGGUCAGCAUGGUAGUAAAGAAAGUUCGCCAUCAAAGUGGAAAAUAAACACAAUCGUAGUGAAUUUCAGAUAACUACCCAGCAAACACAGGAACUGUUUAAUUUCAUUCUAUAAAUGUUUUCAGAUCUACAGCCGUUACUUGAUGUCACAUUUUCAAUGCUAAUCCUGUAGAAUCAGCAACCGUGCUGGGCCAAUGAAUGUGUUUAUUUUCUAACUGCCACAUAGAAUUAUUACAUUGUCUUAAUCCAUUUUUUUUCGACCUAGGGUAUGGAUUGAUUAGAGCCCUGAAUGUCGGCAGGUACCGUUAAAAAAAAGUUUCAUUUUUAUUGAUAAAACAUUACUUGGAACUACCCAUUGAAGUGUAAAAAAUGUGAUGGUAAUUUAGAUUUACAUAAAGUCCAAAGUUGUAUUAUGUUAAAGAGCAAGCAAAGCAUGUUUGCGAUUUAUUGUGAUUAAGUAACAGGGUUGCGUUCAGUAUGACAGAAUGGUGUGCAAUGUUGAAUUCAACGAAACGGUAUUGUAUUGAAUGACCAGUUGAAAAACUAUCAAGGUGGCCCACCUUUUUGUAUCAAACUUGAGCCAUGACUGCCUUGUUAAAUGCUUAUUUUCUCAUUAAACAUUGCUCUCCUCCCUCUGUA